AUGAACAAGCUUCAUGGACUCGCCCUAGUUUUUCUAUUAGCUGUGGCGAUUUGCAAAGCUGCCGACGAGAUUACUUGCGACGAGAACGAGCCAUUCAAAUGCAGCGACCCUCAGACUUUCAACAGUAAAACCUUCGAUGAAGACUUAAUCUUCGGGGUUGCAUCUUCUGCUUACCAGGCAUGUGACAAAUCACUCAUUAUUAGAUAUACAUUAUCGAAGGAGGCAGAGGUCGUGGUUAUAACGUUUGGGAUCAAUUCACUCACCGAUACCCAGGUAUGUCAGAAAGCAGGACCAGAUUUGUCGAAUGGAGACACUACUAGCGAGUCAUAUACGAGAUGGCAGAAAGAUAUAGACGUGAUGGACGAACUCAAUGCAACAGGCUACAGAUUCUCCUUCGCGUGGUCAAGAAUCAUUCCAGGAGGAAAGGUGAGUAGGGGAGUGAACCAAGGAGGUCUUGAUUACUACCACAAACUCUUAGAUGGCCUCAAAGAAAAGAACAUAGAGCCUUUCGUGACCCUCUUUCACUGGGACCUUCCUCAAACACUGCAAGAUGAGUAUGAAGGUUUCUUGAACCGCUCAAUCAUAGAUGAUUUCAAAGAUUACGCGGAUCUAUGUUUCCGCGAAUUUGGUGGAAAGGUAAAGCACUGGAUCACGAUCAACCAGCUAUUCACAGUGCCGACGAGAGGCUAUGCUUUGGGAACAGAUGCACCUGGUCGAUGUUCUCCUGCGAUUGAUGAACGAUGUUACGCUGGAAACUCUUCAACAGAACCCUAUAUCGUUGCACAUAACCAGCUUCUUGCUCAUGCCACGGUGGUCGAUCUUUACAGGAAAAACUAUUCGCAUCAAGGAGGGAAGAUCGGACCUGUGAUGAUAACUAGAUGGUUUCUUCCAUAUGAUGAGACUGAUCAAGACUGCAUAGACGCGGCUGAGAGGAUGAAAGAGUUCUUCUUCGGAUGGUUCAUGGGGCCAUUAGUAAAUGGUACGUACCCACAAAUCAUGAUAGACACUGUGGGAGAACGGCUUCCCGAGUUCUCGGAUUACGAAAAGGAACUCGUAAAGGGUUCAUAUGAUUUUCUUGGUCUCAACUAUUACUUCACUCAGUACGCCCAGCCAGCUGAUAACCCAUUUACUUCGCCAGAACACAAUGCCUUGAUGGACGCACGAGCAAAACUCACAUAUAAAAAUUCACGCGGUGAAGUAAUUGGCCCACUGUUCAGUUUAAACAAAGACGAUGAAACCAAAAACGCCUAUUACUACCCAAGAGGAAUUUAUUACGUAAUGGACUACUUCAAAAACAUUUCUAAUAACCCUAUAAUAUAUGUCACCGAGAACGGAUUAAGUAGCCGCAGUGAAGAAACCCGUGAGGAGACCGUUGCUGAUUCGAAGCGGAUUGAUUAUCUCUGCAGCCAUCUCUGUUUUCUUCGUAAGGUCAUCAAGGAGAGAGGUGUCAACGUGAAAGGAUAUUUUGCCUGGUCUCUUGGAGAUAACUAUGAAUUCGGCCAAGGCUUUACGGUUAGAUUCGGACUCAGCUACGUUAACUGGACAGACCUCUAUGACAGAAACCUCAAAGAUUCUGGCAAAUGGUACCAGAAGUUCAUUAACGUGACCACUGAAAACCCUGGCACACAAGAUUUCCUCCGCUCGAGCCUCUCCUCCCAAACCAAGAAGCACUCAGAUGCAUGAAACACUUUAUCCCCAUCAUCAAGAUCAUCAUCUUCAUCAUAUCCCACUCUUUCUACUUGCUCCAUAGAUAUAUAAGGAGCUUCUUAAUUAUACCUAAUGCAAAUGUACUAAACAAAAUUAAAUUCCUCUAAUAAAUAAAGAUGCAUCAGUUUGUAU